AUGAAAGAUAUUGGAGAUGAUUUUUUUGCUAUUUUAGUAGACGGGUCUCAUGACGUGUCUUGUAAAGAGCAAAUGGCAUUGUUUUUGCAAUUCAUGAACGAAUGUGGAUUAAGUCCACAUAUGAUCCGAGGGAAAUGUUAUGAUGGAGCUAGUAACAUGAGAGGUGCAUUUAAUGGAUUGGAGACCUUGAUUAUGAAAGAAGUGGAAUCUGCACAUUUUAUUCAUUGGUUUGCUCAUCAGUUACAAUUAGCACUUGUGUUUGUUGUAAAGAAUCACUCUGACAUUAAUGAUUUUUUUGAGUUGAUUUCUCGUGACAUCCAAAGUGGUAUAGGUUUGAAUCAAGAAGUUAGUAUCAAACGACCCGGUGAUACUCGUUUAGGUUCACAUUAUGGUUCACUCAUUUUGAGUAUGGAAGAUCCAUAUUACGAUGGAUUAAGUCGUCGCAAAGAUUCAAACGAGCUCAACAAUCGCUUUAAUGAAACAAACACAACAUUACUUGUUUUGAUGGCUUCUUUGUGCCCAAGUAAGUCUUUUCAAGCAUUUAAUCUGGAGGCACUACUCAAAAUGACUAAAUUUUAUCCUAACGAGUUCCCAGAACAUGACCUUGGAACACUUAGAGCAAAUCUUCAAAAGUAUAUUGUGGAUGUACAUGGAGAUGAAAUGUUUAAUAACUUGAAGGGAAUUGGAAACAUAACAAAGAUGAUGGUUGAAACAAACAAGCAUACCAUAUAUCCAAUGGUAUAUCUUCUACUAAAAUUAGCAUUGAUUUUGCCCGUUGCAACAUCAACCGUGGAACGAGCAUUUGCAGCGAUGAAAUUGAUAAAUAAUGAUUUGCACAAUAAGAUGGGUGAUCAGUUUAUGAAUGAUUGUCUAGUGUCAUAUAUUGAGAAAGAUGUACUAAAUGGUAUUAGCAAUGAUGCAAUUAAAGAUUAUUUUCAAAAUAUGUCAAGUCGUCGUGAACAGUUAUAG